AUGGCAGGCGGCGUCACUGUCCAACCCGGCAUCGUGCCCUUAACCGAUGAACUCGUGCGGGUUACGCCGUACGUGCAGCAAAGCAAAGACACGGUGCUCGUGUUUUUUGGAGCUCUGAGCAAUUUGCACGAUCUACUGACAAGGAGUCGACCGGGUAGCGGUGUGGCCGCACCAGAGGGCGCUGGGACAGGUGCCUUGACAACAGCGUGCAUCCUGGACCUGUAUAAAAGUUUCGACAGUGGGCGAGAACUUCUCAUGUUGUCUGAGCUACAGGGGCAGUACUCGUUUGUGCUAUAUGACAGUAGUAAAAAGCAGGCCUUCGCGGCAAGAGACCCCUCUGGUGCAGAGCCGCUUUACUACAAGGUUGACGAGGACGGUGGCGUCCAGUACACAAACUCGCUGGAGCACCUCCACCGCAGCGACGCUGAGCGGCGUUCGUGGAAGGAGCUGAAGCCGGGACACUACAUGCUGGGCAAGACCGUGGCGCAAUUUGCGUUGAGCCUAAGGCAACUGGAGAAGCGCGAGAAGAAGGAGUCGCUGGAUGCGGAUGCGUUGCACAUGUUGCUGCAACGGGAGAGCCAGGCGGAGGAAGAGGAGCGCGGAGCUUUCAGUGCGCUGGCCCCAGUACGCUCACUCCUGCGGAACCGCAGUAAAUGACCCAGUCGUAGUUCUCUAAUAAGCGCAUGGCCAGGUAACACAGCUACUUAGUAUCGUAGCAUAGUUUGCUUGAGUCGUGGUUCUUCAGCUCAGGCAAAAAAUCAAUGCGUUGAAGGACGGUUUCCAGCCCUGUCACACGUAUAGAGGCCACGUUCCGGUGCGGGCGUCCGAUAUGCCUUGUUGGGUGGCAUGACUUGCGAGCAAUCCUCCGCAGUGUU